GGCGGGGCGCCCGGCCAGAGGGUUUAAAGGGCGCCUCCACCAGGGCUACUCAGUUUAGCUACCGAGCGGUGCCAGGCCAGGUGUACGCGUCCGUCGGCCCUUCCGCGCCCGCCCCGGAGACGAGCCCCGGAGGCCGCCCGGGCCGACCCGGCCGACCCUGUGCCCGGCACCAUGAAGCAGGAGGCCGCGGUCCAGAACACUCCGCCUCCCUCGCCGUUCCCGGCAUCGUCAGUGCAGACCCCCCAGGAGGACGGCGAACCCCAAGCACUGUGGAUUUUCGGAUACGGCUCCCUGGUGUGGAGGCCCGACUUUGCCUACAGCGACAGCCGCGUGGGCUUCGUGCGCGGCUACAGCCGGCGCUUCUGGCAGGGUGACACCUUCCAUCGGGGCAGUGACAAAAUGCCUGGCCGUGUGGUGACUCUCCUUGAAGAUCGUGAGGGCUGCACUUGGGGUGUGGCAUACCAGGUUCAAGGCGAGCAAGUGAAUGAGGCCCUGAAGUACCUGAAUGUUCGGGAGGCAGUGCUUGGCGGCUAUGACACCAAGGAGGUGACCUUCUACCCUCAGGAUACACCAGAGCAGCCCCUCAAGGCACUGGCCUAUGUAGCCACCCCACAGAACCCUGGCUACUUGGGCCCUGCUCCGGAGGAGGCCAUUGCUACCCAGAUCCUGGCCUGCCGGGGCUUCUCUGGCCACAACCUCGAGUACUUGCUGCGACUUGCUGACUUCAUGCAGCUCUGUGGGCCUCAGGCGCAGGAUGAGCAUCUGGAAGCCAUUGUGGAUGCGGUGGGCUCCAUGAUGCCCUGUUUCUGCCCCAUCGAGCAGUCUCUGGCACUGAUCUGAGAGGCAGAGCCCCUGCAGGGAGUACACAUGCAGACCCUGGGGCAGAUGUCCAGCCCAGUGCCUGAGUCAGACAUGAUACAGCUGGAGCCCCUGAGAGGACAUGGCAGGCAGCUGGGGACACCUCUCCCUAUGCCCGCCUGCCUGCCAGCCUGCACCUCUCCUGUGUGAUGCUGACUUCCUACUUGAAACUUAAUUUAUUGCACCAUGUUGGUGUGGUGGGCAGGGUGGGGGGCCUGCCCUGGACAUGGGCCCUGCUGUGUGGUGGUCCAGCCCAGACCCCUGGUGCCUCACCAGAUCCCCCCAGUGCUGCUGCUAACCCCACAUCACCCAGUCCUCCAGCUGCCCAGGGAGCUUCCAUGCACUUUCAUCCUCUGUCCACUGAGACCGGCCAUUCCCCAGCUGUGGAAGAGCUCCUGCGCGAGUGUCCAUCCCGCUAUGUGAAGGGCAGGAGCAUGGAGAGGGGCCAACAAGGGCUGAGGCCUGCACAUCCACUGGGAGCUCAGGGCAGAGCUGGAUCUGAUGCCUGGACACACUGAGAGACAGGCCUGGGCUUCUUACCUUUGUGGUUUUCUCUCCUGGUCACUCUGUCUGUCUGCUUAUCUGGGCCACUCCUGUGUAUCUCUUGUUCUAUUCCUGGGGGCUGGACAGGUCCUAGCCCCUUCCCCAUCUGUUCCAUACAUUUGCCCAUAAACUGGUCUCUUGUUAUCUG